AUGCCGCCGAAGCUUUCCAAGAGUGAAAAGCUGAAUCUCAUAGUGGCUCACUUGAAAUCCACGGGUACAUGUCACACGCUCAAGGACUUGGAGAAAUCGCUUCCCGCGGUGGCCUCCAUCAACAGUAUCCAGGUCAAGGAUUUCAUCCAAGAGCUGAUCGACGAGAACAAGAUUCGGGUCGAAAAGAUCGGCAGUGGAAAUUGGUACUGGUGCUUCGACAGUGAUGACAGAGCAGAUCGCGAGCGCCAUUUGGCCCGGGUGAGGGCGGAUGUGGACAAGGCUCGGAAAGGCUGUGCCGACGCAGAGGCGGGCUUGGCCGCGGAAUUGGCCCAGCGCCAACAGGACAGCGAUGAUAGCUCGUGUGAUGCAGAGCGCGCCAUCCUGCAAGCCCAAAAGACCCACCUUCAGGAGGAAAUUCGCCGACUUUGCAAGGCUGAGUCGUCGGCCGUUGGCUCGAUGGACCGCAAGGGCGCAUCGCAGCUGCAGACGGAGCUGGAGGACCAUCGCCAGCAGGCGCUCCGGUGGACCGACAACAUUUACAUCCUUGAGGAAUACAUGCGCAAGCUAGCCGGGGGAGAUCGGCAGCUCGUUGAUCAACUUCUCCGACAGUGCUACGGGGAUGAAUACGUCGAGGGUGAGGGUUUACGUGAAUUGUAG